AUGGCUCCACGUGAGGAGCUGAUUGCUUCAGCUAUUACCUUCCUCCAGGACCCCUCGGUUGCGUCUUCGCCCAUCGAAAAGAGGGUUUCAUUCCUCCAAUCUAAGAACUUGACUCAAGAGGAAGUGGACAUUGCCUUAUCGCGAGUGGGCGAAGACCCGUCUGCCGCGGCCGCAGCUGUAGCUUCGGCAUCCCCGGCGCCUAGCUACUCUUCACCAGUUCCUUACCGGCAACCACAGCCGCCUCAAGGAUACGGCUAUCCUCCAUAUAAUCAAUGGCAGCCGCCUCCUGAACCACCCAAGAGAGAUUGGCGUGACUGGUUUAUUAUGGCAACAGUGGUGGGCGGAGUUGGUUAUGGAUUGUAUACCGUCACAAAGCGUUAUAUCGCACCUUUGAUCGCCCCACCGACCCCUCCUCAGCUGGAGCAAGAUAAAGCGAACAUCGAUGAGCAAUUCUCACGUGCUUUUACUCUGAUUGAACAACUAUCGACCGACACUGCUGCAUUGAAGACCGCCGAGGAAGCCCGCUCCGAGCGCUUGGAUGGGGCUCUCAAGGACGUGGAGAAUCUUGUUGCUGAUCUCAAGAACUCAUCCCGCCGAAGAGAUGAUGAGACUCGUCGCAUUAGCGACGAGGUGAAGUCGUUGAAGGAUGCCAUUCCCAAGGCCCUUGAAGGUGCCCGGGAAGGCAAUGAGAACCGACUGAAGGAGCUCGGAACUGAGCUCAAGAGCUUGAAGACCUUGCUGGGCAACCGACUUGGUGGUAGCGGUGCUACCCCUGUUGCUGGCAGGACCGUUGGAUCUACUCCCAUCCCCAGUACUCCUCGCCCGGUAUCGGAAGAGACCCCCGCUACUCCCGCUCCUCCUGCCGCUACCAACAGUUUGGCUGCUACUGUGACUCCAACUGAGCAGGAGCCUACUCAAGCCGCGGCCCCAGCAAGCACGAGCCAGAGCCCCAACCCCCUCUCCCAGCUUGGUCGGUCUGCCUCCAUCCCGGCAUGGCAAAUGGCCGCGGCCAACCGGUCGAAGGCUAAUUCGCAGUCGAGCGCACCUGCCACACCUGCUGAAAACACCGCUAGCCCGAGCGUGGAGCAGAGCGCUCCUGUCAGCUAA